AUGGAGGUCAGCCACUCAGUCAAGGAGCGCACCAUCGCGGAGAACAGCCUGGUCAUCCUGCUGCAGGGCCUGUGCGGCCACGUCACCACCGUGGACCUCCGCGACGAGAGCACGGCCACGGGGCGCAUCACCAGCGUGGACGCCUUCAUGAACGUGCGUCUGGCCGAGGUGACCUUCACGGACAGGCAGGGCACCGUGUCCCAGCUGGACGAGCUCUUUGUGACCGGCAGGAACGUCCGCUACGUCCAUAUCCCCGACGAGGUGGACAUCAGGGCCACCAUCGAGCAGCAGCUCCAGGCCAUCCACAGGGUCCGCUACUUCGGGGGCCGUGACAAGGGCAGGAAGGAGUUCCCUCGUGCCAAGUACAAGUGAGCCCAUGGAC